CGUUGAGGAGCGCAACAGUGCAUUGAAGUGGCGUUGUUUUCCAAGAACUUUUCCACGUAAAUCAUGCCUUUCGACUGGGAUAAUAUUGAUUGUGCCUCACCAAAUUUAGAGAAUUCCGCAUACUUCUUCUUGGUUCCUCAUCCGGGUCAUGAGAAGGAGGCAUUCAAUGAACAAUUGGAGGACUUCAAGGAAAACACAGCCCCACAGAAUGAAGAGAAACCGAAAGAAUCUCCGAUAAUCGUUGAAAAGCUUAAGAAGAAAGUUCCGCUGCAAACUCGCGUCAACAAUGCAAAAGUGGCUCCAAAAGAUUUCACAAAGGCUGUGAAGAAACACAAUGAGAACCUGAAGAAGCCUCCACCGCAAAUUGCCGGUGCGAAGGAUAAGGCAAAAACUCUCACGUUUAGAGUUAAUAGAGUUGCAGUUGUGCCUGUUCGCAAGGAACCACCAAGAGAUGUUAAAGUUCCGGACUUCAGAGCAAAGCCAGCUCCAAAUUUCAAGCGUCUCCAUGAGAUGCAAAAGAAGAUAGUGAAGCAGAAGACAGUAGUAACUGUUCCUCAGACUCCCACAGUUCUGAAAAAGUCGCAGGCUCUGUUGAGGAAUAAGGCAGAAACUGAAAGGACUGUUAAGCCGAAGAUUGUGAUCAGGAAAGAUCCCCCCAGGACAGCGCAAGCUCUCGGGAAGCAGCCCUGGGUGCCGAAGAAGGAACGUAAACUCACUCAGGUGGUUCCUUUUAAUCUUCAAACGACUAAAAGACAAGAGGAACGUCGCCGGUUCGACGAAUUAUCUCGCCAGAUAAGAGAAGUGAAGAUAAAGAAGGAGCAAGACCAGAGGAAGAAGGAAGAGGAAGAAAUGAGAAAGCAACUACGCAAAAGAACAGAAUUCCGAGCCCGGCCAAAUCCAUUCAAAUAA